GGGAAAUCGAAAAUGGCGGUAAACACUAUAAAAUAACAAAUAGUCAUUACUACAAAUAUUUGUGGUUUACGUGUAUGUGAAAGUGGAGUUUAACAUGGCUGCGCAGCAAGUUCAAGAGUACUUAGAAAGACAUCGCAUAGGAGCUUUAUUUGAGGACCUUAUGGCCAAAGUCAUCAAGGAUACACCUGAAGAUCCAGUUGGUUAUCUGAUAAAAGUUUUGAAAAAGUUGUAUUCUGAAGGGUCUAAGGGCCAUGGAUCUUCACUACCCCCAUCGGGAUCAAAGAUAUCCUUUGCAAGAUCUAUGGGUCUGUCAGGGUCACCAGCUCUACGGCAUUCAUUUGACGAGGAUCGAGGCAUGUUAGCCAAAUCUUGGGCUGGUCUAGACUCUCGUGCAGAUGGAUCACGACCUCGACCAAGCAGUGCAUCCAAAACAAUGGGAAGAGAUUAUCCACGACCUUGGCUGAGUGGAAGUAAGCCAAUGAGGAGUGCAGGAACAGGGGACAGGGACAACAUGCGACCACCGGCAAGAACAGGACAAACCCAAGGUGAUGUUGAGAGACCACCAUGGGACCACAGGACUGCUGUGCCUUCACAGGACUUUGAUGAGUGGUUUAACAUGCAGCACAGGCAAACCAGGACUGCUGAUCAAGAUGUCAAGGCACAUCAAGGAACAUCAUCAUGGGGAAGAAAUGGGGAAAUGGAAGUGCCAGCACAAAGGACAGUAAUAUACAACCGAAGGGCUGCAUCAUCAGGUCCAGUAAACUAUGUUGAUGAUAAUCUGGAAGAUGAGCUCAAUAUGGGGAAGGACAUAAAAAUCCGAGAAGAAGAAAAUGAUUCAUCAUCUGUGGCAUCCUACGAGUCUUCUAGGUCACGGAAAACAAAAGCACGUCAUGCAGCUGAAGAACAUCGCCGGCAACUUCAAUCUCUCCUCAUGAACAAGAGUCACAGUGGGGGAGAUGUUAAUGGGAUGGAUAAUGCUGAAGACCUUCAUGAUGAUGGCACAGAAUUAUUAGAAAAUAUGGAUGAUUUGGAGUCUGAAGGGGUUUCAAGACUGAGUAGCAAGGGAUCAAGACUUGCCAAGUCCAUCAGACAAGGAACAGGAACAUCAGAGUCAAUACGAGUAAGCAUAUGUGCCAGAUGUGCCAAGGUUAUUACUGGUCAAGCAAGUGAUAAAAAGUCAGAAGUUGGAAGUGUUUAUUCAGGAAGUGAAGUUGACGACAACUUUGAAAGUGUUUCUCAAGUUGGAAGUACAGUGGGACGAAGUAGACCUCCUGUGUGGCCUUCAGGAUUUGACUCAGAAAGUGACUCGAGCCUACGAAAAGGUCAGCAACACAUGUGGCAAAGUCCAGGUAGAUCUCCAGGCAGAUCUCCAGUAAAGGGAAAACACAUGUUUAGGGGUGGCUCUUUCACCACUGAACAACCGGACAGUUCCAGGCCCCCUUCGGCUUCUUCAAGUCGUAGUGACGUGGUGUACUUUGGAAGACAGCAAAAGUCGUGGAACUUUGACGGAUAUUCCUCAGAUAAUGAUACCGAAGUCAAUUUUGACCGAGUUGGUUCCCCUCAGUUACAGGGAAGUCGCCCAUGGAACCGCGCCCCAUUGGAGAGCGGAAGUGAAACGGACUGGGACACAAGACAAAGAAGGCGAACCACAGAACGGAGAUUUGCCCGGUUCAACAGCGGCGAUGAAUCAGACUCAACUUAACAAAAGGAAACAUUACAUAAAGAGUGGAUUAUCGUCACUGGAGAGGUUUACGCUGCGAACAGACUUCACGAUUAGUCCAGUUCAAGAUUUAUGAUACCAACAGUCCUUCCUCUUAAGCGAAGGCCAUCGUGUGAGUCAAAACAUAUUAGUGGGAAAAAAAUGUCGGUGCGCCCUGGGAGUGAGCGUACAAAAAGUAGAGACCCUACUUUUCGUUCCUCUCGCUCCCAGAGUUCCGUACGGCACACUAACUUCAAUUUUUUUUCCCCAAUGAAUUAUUUUUACGCGACGGACUUCGCUCAGAAUAACCAUCUGAACUGACAACCUUAGGGACUCUGCCAUUCCGCGCCAAUUUCACCCUCAAGUUUUAUAACAUCGUCAUUAAGCAAAGAACGUGGUUAUAAUCAGUUCUUCAUGAAUAUAUUUAGCGAAUUAAUUUUAUCCGAUGGGAAAUAUAUAUAUAUAUAUAUCAAUCGUUGCAACACUAACCAGGAUACACGUAUAUUUAUUUGUCUUUGUAGACUUAAAAAAGUAAAAUUUCACCAAAUAAUAAUAAUAAUAAUAAAAAUAAUAAUAAUAAUAAUAAUAAUAAUAAU